UAUUGUUGCUUUCAGAAGCAAGACUAGAGAAGCCAAACAACAAAACACUGCAGUUACAUUUCAGGUAACUACACUAAACUCAACUACAUUAAAAGGUAGUGAAACUUACUUCAAGCAGUCUUCGAAGAAAAUUUCUUGUAAUGUAUUUUUUUCUGCCAGAGAAGGCAACUCUGAAAUAGCUGUUUAAAGUAUUUAUGCUUCAUGAUCCAGAAUGGAAAAUAUGGAGAGUGGAUCUUCUCUGGACAUGGGUGAAGUAAUUAACAUGAACGAACAGUGCGAUGUAUUUAAGGAGACUGAACUUUGGAAAGAAAAUGUGGAUUUAAUAGAAAAGAGCAACUUAGGAAAUACCAUGUCCUCUUCCUAUGAAAUAUCAGCUCCAACCAACCCAGAGACCAAAUUGAGCCCUGGUAGCCUCAUCAGGAGGCGGGGCUUGACUGGUAAGUUGCAUCUACUGAAUGUGGAGCAUGAUGGUGCUGACAAUCCCCCAUAUCUAUUUGACAGGCAUGCUCCAAGUAGGAUUUCUACUUCUCCAACCUUGCGGAGGCUAAGAAAAAAUACAUCAUCAGUUUCUCAAAUAGCUCAACUCCAGGACAAUGCUGAGAACAUAAGAACAGACAAGCAGAUGCCACAAAUCAGUGUUUUUCUUUCUAUGCAUCCAGAACUUCCUUCUCGCCCUCAGCACUGCUGUCUCCCAUCAUCCUCUGGCAUUUACUCAAAUACAGUGACCCAAGUACAACACUCUACAUCAGUUAACCCCACAGCAAAUCUACUAGAUAACAAUGAUUUCAGUGAUACUCAAACAGUGCAGCACAGUAGAGACAACAACCUUUCUCCAGAAUGUGAGGGAAACGAUUCUCAGCAAUAUAGCCAGGCCUUGGAGUUACAUAAAUCUAGUAGGUCAGCUGUUCGCAGGCACAGCUCAGUGGUAGUGAGUUUGCCUGGACUUGAGAUGUUCCCUGGAGACUUGUUGAUAUCAGACAGUGCAGCACAAUUCCUAUACCAAUCAGCAUCACUCCAAAACUCAGAAUCCAAAAGGACAUGGUGGCCAUUUGCUAAAAAAGGAAUUAAUAAAGACAAACAAAAACAAAUGGCUGAGCUGGAAUAUUGUCUCUCUACUCUAACCAUUAAAAUGUCAGAGUGUGAUGGCUACAAAUUUCACAAUGUAAAGGAUAAAACAUGGCAUGAGAUGUUGAAGAUGUAUCAACUGGAGCCACAAGCCACUGGUGAUCAGUUAGACACAAAGAAGAAGGAAGCUGUGUGGGAGCUAUUUACAACAGAAUGCAAUUAUUUUCUUGAUCAUCUGUUGGUGCUCAAAAUGAUCUUUAUGGAUACACUAAAGUACUUGCAGACCAAAGAGCUCCUACCAGAUGUGGAUCCUGAGUUAUUAUUUGCAAACCUGGAAGAAUUAAAUCAGGUGACUCUAAGUUUUGCAACCAGUUUAUUUAGCACCAUGGAGGAUCAUCUUUUUGGGCGAACCCCCUCCCUUGAUUUCAUCAGUGUACUCACAAAGUAUUUCCAAGGUAACCUGUGUCAGAGCCACCAGAUAUACUGUCUGACUUACACUUCUGCUAUUUUUUACUUGGAAAAAUUGAAAAAAAGAGAAGAUUUUGGGACUUAUUUGAAAUGGUGUGAGCAGAAUAAAGAAUGUAAGCGACUCCAUCUAGCUGAAAUGUUAGUUGCACCUUUACACAAGUUGACCCGCUAUCCCCUUCUGUUAAAGAACAUUUGGAAAAAUACAGAGGCAGCAGAGAAAGUUAUCAUUAAUUCACUUAAGGAAAAGGUGGAAACAUCAAUAAGGGAUUUGGAAGGUAAAGUGAAAUGGCUGGAUAAUUUUCAGAAAUUUAAACAGCUUCAAGAAAUUAUAAUUUGGCCUUCACUUUGGGAUCAAGAAAAGAGACAUUUUGUUCCUGAGUCUCUCAAGUACAUGCUAAGAGAUAAUUCACAUGAAAACAUCUUGUCACCUACAAAGAGAUCACUUAUUUUUGAAGGUCGAUUGACACUUUCAGAAUCGAUGAGAUUUACCGAUGUCUAUCUGUUUCUGUUUGAUGAUUUGCUAAUGAUUACAAAACCUAACAGAUAUAAAAAGAGAUUUGACUUGAGUUUAACACCUGCUUCUUCUUUCUUCAGUCUGGAGUUGAAAUCUUUGCUUGAAGAAGGUGGUAACUGCAUAGUACUUGGCCAGCCUAUCCCAUUAGAUAGAAUGAUGGUAAAAAAUAUUGAUUCAUUCCAUAUCACAGCUUUGGGACUACGAAAUGCUUUUCUAAUACAGCAUGAAAAUAGAUAUCAACAGUGCAUAGGAGCCUAUUUACUUCAAGCACAAACAGAGGUAUCCAAGAAAACAUGGAUAUCCCAGAUGGAAACAACAAUCACAAACUAUAUAAGAAAUAACAUUUCAAAACCUUCAUUUUUCAAUACACUUGCUGAAUCUGCUGAAAUUUAGCUGUAACUUGUAAUGUUUUGACUUUUUUAAUGUUUUUUAAUAUUUAAAGAAAAUUGUUGAAAUGUUUUGAAACCUUUCUGAAAUGGGAGUAUUCUUUAAUUAGAACAGAGUUCAGGGAAUAACUGGUAUGAACAUAUGCAAACAUCAACCUUUCAUUCACCUGCAUUUAUUAAUAAACAUAAAUGGGGAAAAAUCAGAACAUUACCAUUAAACUAAAUUUUUUAACUUACCUUCACGCUUAAUUUUUCAUCAAACUAACUACAAUAGCAUUAUACUGCUUGUCAGAGAGAAUGGUCCCUAAGUGCAUAAUAUGAUCUGCCUAAAAUCAGUGACAAUUAAAAAAAACCUGAAGAUAAUAGUGAUGAUGACAAAAGAGAUGAAGAACUAGUGAAAAAGAAAAAAAUUAUAAUAAUCAAGGCUAAUGUGACUAUAAAAACUAAAAAGACAAAUCAUUGGAAUUCAUAUGAUGUAGAGAUAAAUUUGAUCAUAUAUCAUUUGCUCAGGUUUUUUUGGAUUGAACUAUUAGCAGGUGGAUUCAUGAUAAGGCUUUGAAAUGUUUGUAUCUUGGUUAUCAGACAUUGGAAGAACAGAUCAUUUGCUAGAAUUCAUUUGCCAUUUUGAUGAUUGUAAAACAGAAGUGUUCUGUUGUAAUGAAUUAACAGGGCUUUAUGGCUGGAAGGUUUUUCUGAAGCAACCUUGCUAAUAGAAAAUGGAACAGAAAAGCCACAGUAUAUGAUUUAUGUGUUUAGUAAAAAAAUUAUUACCAUGAGUAAAAAGAACCUGACAUAUAUUUGACAACCAAGUUAACUGGAAUUUCUCAAGUUGAAAAUUACUUCAAAGCCACAGGUAGAAAUAAUCUUAAAUACAAUGGCAGUUAAUCACUUUUUAUUUAUGAAUUAAAAUGUUUUAUUAAAGAGUUCAUCAGAUAUUAUUUAUGAGUAAGUGAUCUACUUGGUAGCACCUAGGUAAAUGGCUCAUUUUGAGAAGCUAAGCAAGAUCCAACCAAUCUGUUCUUUUGGAUGGAAGACCAUUGGGAAAUAUCAACAUUAGGGGAAACGGAAAAGGUGGGGGGGGAUCUUGAAUGAAGGCAAUGGGAAAUCACUUAGGUAACCAAAACUCUUAACAACCCACCCAUCAUUUCAGGCAGAAUGAAAAGCCACACAAAUAUAGUAUAUCCAAAAUGAUGUUAAGGAAUGAGCAUGAGUUUGUUUAAGAUUGAUUGGCAAUACAGCAUACAAACUAUUACUUAAAUAUGCAAAAUCCAUUAUAAAUCUUCCAUUAUGAGAAGUUUUUUAACCUUUUUUAAAUAUGAUGCAUCACUCAUUGUGUCAAUUCAUUCCCCUUAGCAAUUAAUAAAGGAUGCUAUGGGAUGCUAGUCAAAAAAUUGAGAUGUUUUGGUGAGACCACUACUAAAAAUACUUUCAUAUCACUUGGACAAGUUGCUGAACUAAUUAACUUCCCUUAUUGGCUCUUUAGUUCAUAAAACAAAUCCAUUAGGGAUAUUGGCUCUACAGACUUUUAUAGCAAUAACAGACAUCACAUAACCUUUUGGAACAUUGUUUCAGAGGUAUUUCCUUACUGAAAAACAAAUGACCAAGGGUAAAAAAAGAGUAGAUGAGAAAACAAUUUCCAAUUUUCUGCCAGCUUGAAUGCAGCUGACUGCUCUUUGGCAGCUGAUGAUGGGACUGGUCUAAAUGACCUGCAGAAAGCUAGGGCAGAACUGAUGUUCUGAAACUCCAAGCAGGACUGAAGUGGCCAUAAAUUUGCCAAAUUUAAGUUCCAGAGAAGUCAUGGGUCCCAGGCUUUGAAUGCAUUCUAAAAGUCAUCUGAACCCCAAGAUGGGCAACAAAUAAAUUUGAUAAAUAAUGAUAAAUAAAUAAGUUACCUCAAAUAAGUUUGAAAUGCCUUGGUUUAAAAAAUGUUGCCCUAUAAUGCAUUGUUGCAUCCAGUUAAAGACUACAAGACACAAAAGUUUUAGUAAUACACAGAUUGAAAUUUUUAUACAAACUAUUAAACCCAAAGAAGUCAGUGAAAAUGAUAAUCACUUAAAACAGCAAUUUCAUAUUAUGGAAUAAAGCAGGAAAUUCAAUCUUGCCACAGCCAAAAUAUGAAAUAGUUGAAACAUUCCACUAAUAUGUGAAUUGGAGAUGACUAGGUUUGACAUUUACAACAGAUAGCUUUCCAUACCAGCAAAAGUGCACCAAAACAGUAAUUGCAAAUGGUCUAUUAGAAAUUUCUAAUUUUAUUUUCAGCCCAAUAAUAGAAUACAAAAGUAAUAUUUCCAUAAGUAUCCACCCAUGGGUUUCAUACAGAAUUAGUGAUUGUGUGGUGUCAUUUUUCUCACAACUCAGCUUCCAUCACUUUCCAAAUGCAGAGUUUAGAAAUUACAGUGUAUACUGAACUAAACUCUUUAACAUUAUAAGGCACGACUACAUGACUACAAGUCAUAAACACACCACUCAAAGGACUUAAGAGAAUCCACCUGAUAAAAAUUGCCAUGCAAGACUAUCUAAAGAUAAUGUGACUGUAAGGAUCCACUUGAAAAAGAAGUGCAAUCUUAUGUAGAUAAAGCUACCUUAAUACAUCUGUAAAUUUAAGCACAGAAAUUCUUCAAGUCUAAUUUAUACAAUAUACAGACCCCACCCCAAUAAACAUUAUGCACAAUAUUCACAUCUGCGACCAUAAUAAACCAAUAGUUAAAAAGAGGUCAAUAGGACAAUACAAUUUGUGGCACACUUCCAUUAUAGCAUAAUAGCAUUUGUCAAUUUCUUGUCAUGAGCACUGGAAAUAGAGGCUAACUUAAUGACAUGUAAAUAUUAACAGCAGCCAAUGUGACACAUACAGCUGAUAUAGAUCAAACAUAAUUAGGAACAAUUGUAUAAUUUAAUUCUUCUCCAACACCUACAGGUUUGUAGCAUUAAAGGAAACCAAAGACUUAUUAACUGUAAGUUACAUAAGCAAACAUACCGAAAUAUUACAUUUUUGGUGAAUCAAAAUAUUUUAAAAUUUGGCAGUAAUCACAAAUCAAACUUCGUAGUGAGGGAACCAUGUUAAAACGGGCUCAAGUUGAGUUGUUUUUUAUCAAGAGGUAGUUAAAAUGAAAUCUUACAUAGUGGCAUUCUUAGACUGGGCUUUUUGUGUGUGUUUUUAAAAUAAUUUUAUUACAAAAGUGAUAAAUCCUAUACAAGCAGCAUUUUGGAUAGAUUUCUAUUACAAAAUGUUUCGUUGUUUAUUAACCUGAUGUAACAAUAUUUUUUUCUUUCUCUUUGGUGCAAAGAGUUUGGAUUUAACCACAUAGUACAAUGUAGGUGGCAUAAAAGCCAUUCAAAUCUGCCACACUAAUCAACAACAUAUACUGUAUUUGAAAUUUAUAAAUUCAGAACGCCAAUAACAAACUUUAUUCAUAUGGGUUUUAAAGAGAUCACAGGAGAAAAACAAAUCUCUGCUGAAUGGUGUUGCCUACCACACAAACUAUUUUUCUCGUGUUUCCUAUGUGCCUGCUAUCAAAUGAUUACAUACUGAGGUGAGAAGUUAAUGUUAAAUAUGGACAGACUUAUUCAUUUUUAACUCCUAAAUGGAACUUAAAAUAAACCACUUCUAAGCUUUAAAGAAAUACUAAUAUUUCUGUUCUUAAGUAGGGAACUUCCUUUUCUGUUUAUUGCUAUGAUCUGGAAAUAGAUCAUCUAAAUAUAUUUUAAUUCAAUUUAAUAAGAAAACAAAUGUUUACAUAGGAACAAUGAAAACCACUGAGAACAUGAAAUGUGCAAAAUUGCCAAGUCCACUUUUUCUAUUCUUAAAAUCAAGCAGUGCUGCUAAAGAACAUGCAAACCUCUUUAGUAUACACUAUGUAUACUAAACUAUGUAUCCUCUGGAGUACAUAAAAUUAUGAACAUAAUAUUCCUAAACACCAUAUGAAAUUACUAGGGAAUUGAAUGAGCACUUAAUUAAGAAUGUACAAUUUUGUAGACCAAUUACUGCAUCACUUCUUGAAAACAUAUGUUCCUUCUCUUGCAUAUAGUGUUGGUUACACUAAAAAGUGCAUAGUGCAAGUGACAAUGCUAUACCUUGCUCUUCCUGAGUUUUCAAUGUUUAAACUAUCAUAUCAUCCUCAUUUCCUUUCUCUGGACAAGCUGAACUUUUAUCCAUGUGCGUGUGAAUGAGUGUAAAACAUCUAGGGACUGCAAUGAAGGCUAAUCCCCAUUUAAAUGAGGAGCAGGUAGUUUGCUUGUUUUUAAUAUCCUUUUAAAAAUACUUAGAAAAAAUGCAAGUAACAGAUACAACCUUGGAAAGGAAUUUCUCCUUAUCUUAUACAUAGGAAGCCAUUUCCAAAAUGACACCUGCUACAACACAUACAAGCAUCAUCUUAAAAAAAUAUUACUUCUCCCUUGUGAAUUAGUUUCUUUAUAUGCUAAUUUAUGAGAUGAAGAGUUCUAUACAUAAUUAAUCAACUAAGAUAAAUCAGAAGACAGCUCCAAUAAGCUUCAGUUCCUAGCAUGAAUGCUUCAUAUUUUAUCUUUUUCCAAAUUAGAUUAAAGUGAAAGUGAAUAAAACAGCUGGAUAGUAUCUGAAUUGUAUGUCUAUUGUAUGAAUAGCUGAUGUAGAAGAUUUGACCACUCUUAAGUUAUAUUCAUAUUUCACCAUUUGGACAUUUUUACCACAUGCUGAUUCAUAAUCUUUAAGACUUUCAAUCUAUUGAUACAAAAUAGUAUAGUUCACAACUAAUUUUUCUCCAGGAUUUCAGGCAAGAAAAAAAUGGUGUGUAAACCCUAGUACCGCUAUCUGUGAAUUUAUGAUUUGGAGAUACAAGUAGUAGAACUAGAAUCUUCUACAUGGAAAGCCCCUCUAUCAAUAUAUCUUUAUUAAACUAUUUGUGUUAAUUUUUUUUCUACUUCCAUAUUCAUUUCCAUGUCUACCACUGCACUCAUCUCCCAUGCAAACAGGUUAUAAAACCAAAGAAAAGUUGAUUUUAAAUAUAACCUUAUAUUUUACUAAUAACCAUAUUUUACUAAACUAGAUUUUACCAGUGCAUUAUUUUAUAUCACCAGUGUGCAUAGAAGUGUA